CGUGGCGCCCACGCCGCUUCUGCCGCCCGCUGAACGCCGGACCGCGGGCUCCGCCGUCGGCCCGCGCCGCCGGGAAGGGCGUUCCGGGCGUGGGGGAGCCGCCGAGGUCUGGGGACCCGAAAGGUCGCCUCGGUUGGCCAAAGGGGAGACUCCAGCGGGACCUGCCUCUCUGCGCACGGUCCCGCUUCCCCCUUUAGGAGGAAGGAUCCAGAAUGGAGCUCAGGAACUAGGAGUCCUGACUGGGUGCAGUCAGGAGGCCCAGCCUGGUCAAGAGCUGCUGGGACUGGACGAUCAUGGGGGAGCCCAGUAGAGAGGAGUAUAAAAUUCAGUCUUUUGACGCAGAUACCCAGCAGCUGCUGAAGACAGCACUCAAAGAUCCAGGUGCUGUGGACUUGGAGAAAGUGGCCAAUGUGAUUGUGGAUCAUUCUCUGCAGGACUGUGUGUUCAGCAAGGAAGCAGGACGCAUGUGCUACGCCAUCAUUCAGGCAGAGAGUAAACAAGCAGGCCAGAGUGUCUUCCGGCGUGGACUCCUCAAUCGGCUGCAGCAGGAGUACCAGGCUCGGGAGCAGCUGCGAGCACGCUCCCUGCAGGGCUGGGUCUGCUAUGUCACCUUUAUCUGCAACAUCUUUGACUACCUGAGGGUGAACAACAUGCCCAUGAUGGCCCUGGUGAACCCUGUCUAUGACUGCCUCUUCCGGCUGGCCCAGCCCGACAGUCUGAGCAAGGAGGAGGAGGUGGACUGCUUGGUGCUGCAGCUGCACCGCGUUGGGGAGCAGCUGGAGAAGAUGAAUGGACAGCGCAUGGAUGAACUCUUUGUCCUGAUCCGGGAUGGCUUCCUGCUCCCAACCGGCCUCAGCUCCCUGGCCCAGCUGCUGCUGCUGGAGAUCAUUGAGUUCCGGGCGGCCGGCUGGAAGACGACCCCGGCUGCCCACAAGUACUACUACAGCGAGGUCUCGGACUAGGCCUCCAGAUCAGGGCUUCCUCACCAGCAGCACCAGCCUUCUGUCCACCGGCCAGGCUGGCAGUGGAGUCUCUCUCCCAAAGACUUUUAACCCCUCAAGCCUUUCAGCAUCUUCCCUUCUAGACUUUCUCAUCUCCCAGUGAGAUGUUCCCCAUUGAUGCUGUGGUCCUGCUCUGAGCCCCUCCCCCCGACUCAGGGGUUGGGGAAGAUGACAAACAGAUAUCUGGGCUCAAGGCUGUCCCCUUUCUGCACAGUCCUGUCUGUCUCUCUCCCACCACCUCCCACCUGGGCCAGGCAGGGAAGGGCAACUUCUAUCAAGUCCUGCACCUUGUAACCACUGGUACAACAGCUACCUUGGUGCCUCAGUUUCCCCAUCCAUAAAAUGGGUAACCAUGGCUGUUGGUGGGAUGCUUUAGGAUGUGAUGAAGGGGCAGAAGCAUAGCACAAGUCACACCAGAAACUGCUUUUUAUACAUUUUGUACAAGGACCACUUUGGAAACAAGCAUAUGUCCUCCAGACAGUUUUAAUGAACGGUAGUACCGUCAUCACAUGCUAUGCCAGGUCAGCUUGAGAACUUUCUAAUAAAUCUUUUCUGAUACUAAAA